AUGGAGAACAUUUCAGCCUACGAAAACGGUACUGGCCCUGGUCAACAUAUCAACCACAACGACACCGAUCCCACAUUCGACUACGACUACUACUUCUUCGACGAACACGUGUACAGCAUAUUCGACUUUGAAAUUGUGAUCUACGGUUAUAUCUGGCCAGUCUUGGUCAUUAUUAUGUGUGUAUGCAAUUGUCUUGUGAUUGGUGGAUUCUUACGAAAGGAUAUGCGAACUUCUGCUAGUAUUAUUUUGGUUUUUAUCGCAAUAUCCGACUCCCUUACCGGACUGGUGACCCUCCCAGCGACGUUCUAUGUGUACUCACGUGAACAGAUGUUACUUUCUAAAGACUGGUGCAAUUUAACCAUGAUAACCAGGUUGUACAUUGCACGUGCAUUUCACACCAUUUCCGUCUGGGAAACCGUUCUCCUCGGGUUUCAACGGUUCUUGCAUGUAAGACACCCUGCUGCCGCUAACCGUUGGUGCACGACCAAGAAAACGAUCGGCAUUGUUGCUGUAAUGUACGUCCUGUCCUUUCUAUUGCACAUGUACCAUGCUUUUGACAUUAAGACUAGUGAUGGGUUUUGUAACUGGGAACUCAAAGAGCCUUGCGGAUGGGGCUGUGCUUAUAUCUGGGCCUCGUUUAUCCUGGGUCACGCUAAUUCCCUGCGUGGCAUUGGUGGCGUUCACGGCACUGAUGUUGCGAUCAGUGAGCCAGAGACCUGGAAGCACAAGUGUUGA